AUGGUCAAGCUCUUAGAAAUAAGAGACGGAGUGAAAACCAAAAAUAAUGUGUUCUCAUACACUUCAGAUAACAUAAUUAGAGAGGGCGACACUCUAGUUGUAUUCGAGUCAGGAGAUAACAUUAAGCAGAUUGUGAUGAAAAGAAACCAAACAUUUUAAAACAAGUUUGGCGCUUUUCCUCAUAAUGAUAUCAUAGAUAAGCUAUAGUUUGGAACGAAGAUGUACUCUAAGACAAUGAUGGGUUGGGUGUACAUACUCAGACCAAACUCACACAUCUAUACUUCAAGUUUAGCUCAAAGGACCUAGAUUCUAUAUACUCCUGAUAUAUCACAAGUCUUAUUUAGAUUAGAAUUAAGACCUGGCUUUAGAGUAGUUGAAUCAGGAACCGGCAGUGGCAGUCUUUCAGUGUCAAUUAUGAAAGCCAUAGUUCCAACAGGUCACUUAUUUACCUAUGAAUUCAACUAGGUUCGUUCUUAGAGAGCAAUCGAGGAUUUCCAGAGAUUAGGGUUUUAUCCUUAGAAUGUGCAUGUGACUCAUCGUGAUGUUUUAAAUAAUGGAUUCUUGCUGAAAGAUGAGAGCACAGGUGAAUUUUUAGUUAAUGAAAAUACAAUUGAUGCCAUAUUUCUUGACUUGCCCAGUCCGGAGAAGGCAGUGCCACAUGCGUAUAAAGUUCUCAAAAGAGGUGGAAAGUUAUGCAAUUUUAGUCCUUGCAUUGAAUAGGUCCAAAAAGCAGUUCAGGAAAUGGCAAGAUAAGGGUUCUAUGAAAUCAAAACAUACGAGACUCUAUCCAAAGACUUUUCAAGUAGCCAUCAUAAUUAUUAGUCUUUCAAAUAGCAAGUUAAGCCAACCAUUGUCACUGAAGAGAAUGGAAAUAAAUAAUAAGAUAACUUGGGAGAUACCAACACAGGAAAUUUGAAUAAAAGAUAAUUAAAGUAAAAAGACAAGGGCAUGCUAGUCACUGCCCCCAAAAUCGAGUCAAGAGGACACACUGGUUUCUUAACAUUUGCUAUAAAAUUCUGA